UAACAACACAACAACGCUUCACAAAGUCACAAAACUGCAGUAGAAACUGUUGAUUAUUUCGCUCGUCACAUAAACGGAGAAUUGCAGUCGCAAUUUUAGUUAGCUAUUUAAUUUUUUUUUGAGUUUUAAAGUGGAUUACUAAUUACAAUGAAACUGGGAAUAUGAACGUAAUUGGCAAAAUGAGAUCAAAGUCAACGCCCUAAUAAAAAUAUCUAAUAAUUUAGUUUAGAUUUGAACAGACAUAAAAAAGUAUUCGGUUCAUACAUAUUUAUGUAUGUACAUACAUACAUAUAUGUGUGCAUAUAAAUACGCAUAUACAAGUGCAUGCAUUUAAACUGGCACAUAUGCAUGUACGUAGAACUUUAUAAUAAACAGAACAGUUCUCGUGGAUACAUUGAUUAAUCAGAAUGAAGUGAACGUGCGUUAUUUACAGUGACUUCUGAAAUAUAUGUACAUAUGUAUGUUCAUGCAAUUGUACAUACGUAUGUAUGUGCAUAUGUAUUUUGAGCUAUCAUUCCUGCAAAAAAAUGGCUUUGGUGAAAGAUGCAUUUAAAUGUCAAUCUUAAUGUAUUGGGCAACCAGCAAAUUAGUUCACUACACCCUGAUACGACUGUAUGUAGAUAUGUAUGUAUUUACACUCGUUUUUCGCGUUAAAAUUUCAUAUCCUAUAUAUCAAUAGUAUAAAUACGUAUACAUACCAACACAGGCAUACAUAUGUAUAGAUGAACACAGUAUACUCGCAAUGAAUCAACACUGCCAAACCUACAUAUAUACAUAAAUAUACAAAUGCAAUAACGUUUAACAGUUCAUAAACUUCAAAUAUAAGCCCCCGAUUAAUCCUCUUUUAAACAAUUAAAUGAUCAACAACAUAGAAGAUCGCAAAGAAUGUAAUGUGGAAUAUUUAAAUUUCGACGAAAUGGAAGAUUUUAAUUUUGAAACGUUUAUAAAGUCGGACUUGACCUCUACUUGUGACGAUCAAGAACAGGGUUAUAAUGAUAGAAAUUUUAAAACCAAUGAUUUGGUUUUUGGGUCCCAACGCAUAAAUUCAAAUUCAAGCACCCCAUAUUCAGAUGCGACACAGACAAAAAAACAUUAUCCUGGCCAUAUAAAAAGACCCAUGAAUGCUUUCAUGGUGUGGAGUCAAAUGGAAAGAAGAAAAAUAUGUGAAAAAACGCCAGAUUUGCACAAUGCCGAAAUAUCCAAAGAACUUGGUAGGCGUUGGCAACUGCUGGGUAAAGAAGAAAAACAGCCAUAUAUAAUAGAAGCGGAAAACUUACGAAAACUACACAUGAUAGAGUAUCCUGAUUAUAAAUAUAGACCUCAGAAAAAGCAGUCCAGAUUCUUCACCCCAAGACAUAAUAGUGAAAAACAAGAACGGGGAACAAAAUUAUACGACGGCGAAAAGAAAACAACAUCUCCACCAUCUUCUCACCGUAAAUGUAGACAAAAUAUAUUGUCCGGUAACUCUGGAGCAGCAUCACGUCGCAGUCGAAGUUCAAAAAAAAGUAUCAGUAAAACGUCUACCUGCAGUGUUAGAAAGCUCAGUAAAACAAAAGAACUGACUACUUUUUGCGCUCAAUCAAAUAUUUGUAAAGAAGAUUCCAUUAAUUACCUACAAAGUACUUCAAAUCAUAAAAAUUAUAGUAGCGAUGCAAACGCCUGUGAUAUCAACUCGGAACUGGUGGAGAAUAUUCAUAGUUUAGAUCCUAUAGAGCCGUCCGACUACAAUCAACUAAAAAAUAGCGCGGAAUAUCAACUUGAAGAUGUAUUAAAAAUAAUAAAUCCCGAUACUUUUUUUGAAACACAAUUUGAACUGAAUAAUGCUGAAAAUGACUUUUCUCAUGGCAAUACACACAUUCAUGAACAAGUUAAUAUCAAUGGCGUUUCCCCGAUCUCAUGUUUCGAGAACACUAAAGUAGAAAAGGAAGAUAGCAUUGUAAAUGAUGCAAAUUUACAUCUUGCCAGUCAUCAUUCUCAUCAAAUUCAAUAUCCUUACGAUACAAUAAAACUUCCCGUUUUCGAUUCUCUAUUACCUUCUAGAGAUCGUAAUAAUGAUUCGUGCAUCAUUAAUUCUUCAACCGAUGAUACAAAUUGUGACAUUAUAAAUCCACCAUUGUACUGUAAUGAUGAGUGCGGAUCCGAAAAUCAAGAUCAACAGCAACAAACAAUAACAAUGAAUAUUGAAAUUCAUAACAGCAAUCGUCUUCGUGGGAAUGUUGAGAAUGAUGGGUUUAUGGCCGUCGAUGAUAUGUAUGCAGCUUCAAUUCCAUGUGCAAGUGUCGACAGUGAUUGCAGUAUUUUAACAUCACCGCGAUCUCCUCAAAUAAGUUUAAAUAACAUUGCUUCAAACAGUAUAGUGGUGGACACAAGUAUCACAAAUAUCUUUCCACUUUCAAAUACAAAUCCAAAUCAACAUGUUCAUUCGGAUUGUAAUAAUUUGAACUAUACGUUUUAUGAUACUAACGGAGCUCUUCUUGCUUUUACCUAUGACGACUUACCACCAGAAUCAACCAGCAGUCACUUGGAGUUUAGUAACCGAUAUGAAUUUUCUAGUCUUUAAGAAAGGGAUAAUUCAUGCCUUUUGUAAGUAUAUACAUACAUAAAUAUACAAAGAGCAGUCUCAAAAAUUAAAAUUCAAUUUAAAAUUAAUUUUUAUAUGUAUUUAAUAUAAAUAUUUAUAUGUAUGUAUACCUGUACAUAUGCAAUAUUAGUCGGUAAUUUACCCAGUGGCAAAAAGUAAAGUCUUGUAAGCGAAGAGGUAAAGUAGAAACUGUGUCUCAGACAUCAAGAUUUCGUCGCUGAAAAUGAAAACGGCAAUGUCAUAGCAAAUUUAAGGCCUUUCCAAAUACCAUUUGAAGUAAGAAAAGUGUUCAUGUGUGUUUUUUUUUUUUGCAGAGAAUAAUAUCUCCUCUGCUGCGUAUUUUAUAUUUAUAUUUCAUCACAGGGGAAUUUCGCGUAUCAAUAUUUUAUAUUAUAAUCCUUUUUCCUUACCUUUUUGCAUUACCUCUUCGCUUCCAAAAGGUAAGGUCUUACCCAUUUUGCUGAAGGGUUAAAUUUCUUCCAUCCAUACGUAUUAGAAUAUGUGUAGAUGUAUGUGCACGAAUAAAAUCUAAUAUGCAUGUUCACAAUGCAGGAUAUGCAAAAUAUGACUUACACACAUCCAUAUGUAUAGUUAUUUAAAAACAUUAUCGUUGUAUAAAUACCAAGAUUUGUGAAACGAAACUAUUUCAGGGAAGGAAUGAUAAAUAACAAUAAUUUACGUAUGUCAAUAAAUUCAAAUUUUAAACAUUUGUUGAACAAAUGAAUAAAUAGAAUUUAGUUAAGAAUUAAGAGAAUUAAGAACGGUUUUAAUAUUUAUAUUAAAAACGAGAGUAUGUACAUACAUAAAUAUUUAUUACAAAUAUGUAUGUAUCAUUUGUAUUGUAUGUAAAUGCUUUAACCGCUUAAAUAUUUUGUGAAAUUAAUUUUUUUGUUAUAAGCAUUUAUUCCACGUGUAAAAUACUUUGCGAAGUAGUUCAGAAUUAGUUGUGCUCAUUGUUUUGAAUUAUAAAUUUGUCUUUGUGAUAUACUAUGUAGAAUUAAUGGAAAGUAAUUACCAGUUUUGACAUUUUCUGUUACUUAUAAACAAACAAACAAAUAUUUCACACAGCCGUAAAAAGUUUUUACAAUCUGUAUUUUGGUUCUACUUUUGAAUUCAAUUUUUCACAUGAAUUUUUUUAAAGACUCAUUAUUAACUGGCGAAAAAGAAGCGCCUCUAUUUGACACGUAUAUUUUUUGUGAAUAACCACUCAUAGACUUUUACAGAGCAGCCCGAUUUUGAUACUUCACAUUAUUAGAUUUGCAUUACAUUAGAAAUAAAUUAAUUUUUCAUAGUUCUCAAAAGUGCUGGAGACAUAAGCCUCAGAACACGGAUUGUAAGGGGUUACCAGUAUUAAUACAGUAUUUAAAAAUAUAAGGCCAUACUCAUAAUCCUGAGUUAGAGUACAUUUUAGUUAGAGAAUAAUAGCAAAGAUAAAGUGUACUUAAAUAUGUACAUCAAGUUUGUAUUAAUUUUCCAAAAUCUAUAACUGGUAUUUACCUGUUUUGACGUUUACACAUUUAUUUACUUAUUUGCAUUUGAUGAUUACUAAGAACAUAUUUUAUUAACAUAAGAAAACACAUGUGAACAAAAUUAAAUAGCUUAAUCGAAUUUUUGUGAGAACUGUAUAAAAACUGUCACACAUCGGGGGAGCAAAAAAGGCAGCUGGACAGACGGUUCUUAAAUUCGAAAAUCUACAGCUGCAACUAUCGAUCAUAUAUCAGUUCUUCCUUGUUUAGAGACUUCACUAAAACUUAUGGUGCUUUGUCUCACCUAAAGCGCUUAUAGAAGGAAGUCAAAUGAAUAAAUUCUCUCCUAUCUCCCGCAUUUGCACUAAACAUUAAUCGUUCUGAAACUUCUUUAAAAUAGGGCUUUACGCUGUUUUUUAAUCCGUCAACGCAGCGAAUUAAAACUUAAUGAAAUUGUCAUAUGUAUGCAGUUAACAACAGCUUUGGUGGCAGCAUUUGGUCACUUUGAUUUUAAAGCCGGCUCUAAGCGAUAAAGUCUACUCUAACUCGACUAUGAUUAAUAUAAAGUACACUUUUAAUUAGAGCUUGCUCUAACUUAUGGUUAACAGAUUUAACUUAAAUUUGAAUAUACCCCUUAGUAAUAACAUCAAUCAAAAUUUCUAUAACAUGAUAAAAUUAAUUAAAUGUCUUCAUUUAACUUAAUAUAUCUAAUAUUUUCAAAUUAAACACUUGCCUUGGUUAACGAACUAAAAUUAGUAUAUUUGCUCUGCUCUGAGCAAAUGGCAAAUGCUCAUGCAAUAUAAAGCAAACACGAUAUUUUGAUAUCUUUAACUUUCAUAUCUCAAUCAUUAAAAACGAUUUUGUGAUCUUUUCUAUGUUGGUUUUAUGUUGUUGCCGCGUCCACUCUGGUUUGUACAAUUGGUGUCUCUACAAACUCUUUUGAAGUCAGAAAACUAGCGCAUUAUUGUUGUUUCUGAUAGAGCGGAGUCCUUAUUCAAUAUUCAAAUAAGAAGAUCAGUGUCCCACUUAACACAAUCACCCACAAAAUUAUGAGUUGAACAUAAAAAUUUAUAACAGCUUUCUCUUGAAAAAUAUUACUAACUGAAAGAUGAAUGUAGUAAAACUACGGGAUGUACAUAUGUGUUAGGAUCGGAAAUUUUUAGACAAAACAUUUUAGCUCUCGACAGAGGAAAAACAUGCUCACGAUAUUUGAUUUUAUUAGGAUAUUGUUGAUGAUAAUGAUCUAGAUGAAAGAAAAAUAAAUGUGCAAAGUUCGUGAAACUUUUUUAUGAAAUUUUAAUUUUUCACAUUUUUUUUGGUGUGGAAAAAUUGUAUAAUAGCAACACCAGAAUGGGCUUACAUCAUUACCAUCAGAAGCAGUUUCAAUUUUAUCGCUAAAAGGCGUGAGCGUUUUUUAUUUGCACAUAUAUUCCGAUAUAAAUUAUAUACAUAUGUGCAUAUAUAAUAUAGGUUAAAAAUUUACUUAAGCUCUUUGAAUGAUUCUUCUUUGCGACUAGCCCUCUAGUUAGUUAUUUUCAAAAAUAGUAACAAUUUUUUUUUGUAUUUCUUCAGGCAAGCAAAUAUAAUAUGAAUAAAGCUAUUUCCAUAUCUCUUUACACCGAAAUCACUUCCAUACUUUUCGUAUUACUCAUCCGCUAUCAGGGAAUUUGUUUUUGAAUAUCAAAAGUAAAGAACAUUGUAAAAGUGCCACUUAAAUAAUAUAAAAUAACCAACCUACAAGGCAGAGUUUAAUAACGAAACAACUGGAAAUAAAUCCGUAAGAAGAAUGUAUAAGAAAAAAUGCCGAUGCUAAAACUAAAUACGGCAUUGAUUCCCACGGAAUGACUAUAAUCAACAUAUGUUCAGGGUGGGUUAAACUCGCAGUUCCUCUAUAUUUCAAGAAAAUUUAAUAUAAAGAGUCACGAGACAUAACUUUUCUUAUAAAAAUGUUUUGUAUCGCAUGAUACUGAAAUUUUGGAUUUCUAAGAUAACAAAAUAUGUAUGUACGUAAGUAUGUAUGUAUAAAUUGUCUGCUAUAAUUUCGAAAAUUUUAAAAAGAAUCACAAAUAUAUGUUGCAUAUUUAUAUUUGGUUUUGACUAUUAUUUCAUUAAUUGAACUCUGCCUCUCUCCAAUUUUAUUAGCAGAACUAGGAUACUGCAAAAAAGUUGUCAUAUAAUGUUUUGACAUAUUCUAGGUAUGAAAUUGUAGAAAAUGCAGAGUCAAUUUUAUAAAUGGAGAGCACGUAUUGCUAAAAUUCGGAUGCUGCGUUCGGCUUAGUAAAAUUUAAAAAAAAUGUUGGUGCAGUUAAAAAUACUUUCUAAUUUAAAUUUCCUAAUUACCUUUAUCUUUGAGUGCAACAGCAUUCUAAUUUGCCACAUACCUUCCAAUAAUUUUAAAUAAUAACAAGGAACUCAGUAAACUGUAUACCUGCCUAAUUAUUCGCAAUAUUUUUAAAUUUAGGAAGGUAUUAAAAUUCAACUAAACGUUAAUUUUUAAAUUUUUUUCAUUACAGUUUAUUUGAAUAAUACUCGAACAUACACAUACUUUUUAGUUUCAAUAGUCCUGUUCGGUGUAACCGCCCAUCGGCUCAUCGAACAGAAGUAAUGCCAACACAAAUGAACAAAAGCAGAGUAUUUAUUGAUUGCCUAAAUAGAAACAAUCGACAAUUUAAAUAUUCCUUUGUCAUAAAAAUCUAUUACACGCCAAAGUCGUGCAUUUGCAAAAAAAUAAAUUGGAGCCCAGGGUAUAAUCCAAGCAGUGGUUGUGUUUUUAAGUAUUCCCAUUAAAAUUGCUUAUCUUACUUUAUCUCAGUAAAUGAAAACAAUGCUGAGUUAAGGGCUAGAAACUAGCGGAUUUAUUGCUUCAUUUAUAAUAACAUAUAUAUUAUCUAUCUGAGCAUAUACGAGUACAAUAUUUCUGCGUGCAUUAUGUUUACUAGCAUCCCUGCUACUUGUUUUAUACUCGCACUCAAAGUCAUUUAUCUUCUUGUUAUUAUCGGUAUCGUUACUUGUAAGUAUGUAGGAUGUUAAAGCUAAUUUAGCUUGCCCACUAUUUUGUAUGCAGCAACUGUUUUUGUGUAUUACUCUGUCCACAUUUUAGUUUAUUUCAAUGCUUAAGCUCCUGAAUUUUUUGGAAUCGAUUUUCAUCUAAUUUUUAAUAAUUUUUUUUU